AUGCACUUCGGGGGCUCUCGGCAUGCCAAAGCAGAGAUGUGGUCAUUCUAUAGGGCUCGGUCCGGGAUUCUUGACGUAUUGUCAAGGCUUGGACGCGAAGAGUGGCUCGAUCUUCAGUAUGAAGGCCAAAUUUCUCCUGGGAACACGGAUCCGGUGGUAACCUGUCGGCAUCUGAUCCCCCUGAGAUGUAGAAGAGAGGAAUACGUGAUCACAGUUGAAGACACCGAGCUAGUGUUCCACAUCGAGGACAACGGUGGAUUAUGCGCGGAAGAAAAUCAGAUGGAAAAUCUCGCACAGCUCCAGCCAGGCGACAAUGUCUGA